CCUUUCUUCUUGGCAAACUCCGAGCCAGAAAGUUUCUCGACUGAGAGCCGAUUUUUCUGUCCACAUGAGUCUGUUCCUUCCAGGUUUCCAGUACAAGGCGCCCUCUUCGUUGCACUCCCAGUUUCAUCGCUCCAAUGUCAAGAUGUGUAUCAAUUCGAUCGGAGUGCUCAGGCCUCGAGCUGCUCGGCCAAUUCCAAAUCUUUUAGCGGAUGAUUUCAGGCAUCCUCUGGACCAGCAGAACACGGCAAUCUUGCGGGUCAUUCCAGGACUUCCUGAGAUUGGAAAGCUUAUUCUAGGGCCUGUGGCAGAGCAAGUGAUGCUCUUAGAGAACAUAGCUAGUUCUGUCAAAGUUAACGACAAACAGCUGCCUCAUCUUCAUGACUUAAUCACAGAGGCUUCUACCAUACUCGGGUUGGAAUCGCCUCCAGAUUUGUAUGUUCGGCAGAAUCCCGUUCCAAAUGCCUACACUUUGGCCAUCGCCGGAAAAAAGCCAUUCAUUGUGUUGCAUACAAGCAUCAUAGAGCUUCUCAAGCCAGCUGAGCUUCAGGCAGUGAUUGCUCACGAACUUGGUCACCUGAAAUGCGAUCAUGGCAUAUGGCUAACGUUUGCAAACAUUCUUGCAAUGGGAGCCUACUCCCUGCCCGGAUUGGGAACUGUUAUUGCUCGCAAUCUCGAAGAGCAGAUAUUUAGAUGGGUGAGAGCUGCCGAACUAACUUGUGAUCGAGCAGCUCUUCUCGUGGUUCGUGAUCCCGACGUGGUGAUCUCUUUGCUAAUGAAACUCUCAGGUGGAUGCCCAUCACUUGCAAACCAGCUAAACGUCCAAGAGUUUCUGAAACAAGCUCGUUCGUACGACGAGGCUUCCGCCAGUCCUCUAGGAUGGUAUCUCAGGAACGCUCAAACGAGGCAGCUCUCGCAUCCAUUGCCAGUCUUGAGAGCUCGGGAGAUCGAUCAAUGGGGUCGAAGCACCCAAUACAAAGCAUUAGUGGCUCGUAAGUUCUAGCAAAUUCUUACACAAUUUCCAGGACACAGAGCUGUACAUACGAUAGAAUGAAUAGAAUAAAUAAGCGAACUAUAUC